AUGACAACAGUACUACAGUUCUCUAUCAACUUCUCUCCUUUAAACAAAUACAAAAAACCCAUUACUCAUCACUUUAUACCAUCCUUAAAGUUUACUUCUUUGAAUAAAGAUAACUUCAAAUUAAGGUCUUACAAGGAAAGAUGGAGUUUGGUGGGAGAUGGGAAAGAUGGGAUUUUGAUAAGAGAGGAGGGGAUAAAAAGGAAGAGGAGGGUAGUUUUGGUGAGGUCUAAUAAAAGGUUUGGUUUAAAUGGUGGUGGUGGUGGAAGAGAUAACAGUGGUACUACUAGGCUUCUGGGAAAUAUUGCUUUGGCUGUUGGUUUGACUUAUCUUUCAAUGACUGGACAGCUUGGUUGGUUUUUUGAUGCUGUUGGUUGGGUUUUGGAUACACUAAUUUCUAUCUGGGAAUAG